AUGAAUAACACGGGAAUGAUUAAUCAGUCCGUUCCCCACGGCAACUGCUCGUCCGCCACGGGCCCGGACGCGGCCAGCUACGCCCUGGGCCUCCUCCUGAUCCCGUUGGCCAUUCUCGGCGCCGCCGGAAGCUGCUUAUGCCUGCUCCGCCUCCUCAAAACGCGUCGCCCGCGCCACCCCGCCUCCGCCAGCCUGAUCAGCAUCUUCACCCCGUCGACCUGCUCGGCCGUCGACCUCCUCCUGGCCAAUCUGGCGCUGACCAGUCUCCUCUUCUCCCUGAUCGUCGCCCCCGUCCACGCCUACACCUCCCUGUCCGGCACCCCGCCCUCGGACGGCGUCUGCCAGAUGACCGGGUUCGGCUACCUGGUGGUGGUCACCGCGUCCCCGGUGUCCCACGCCGCCAUCGCCCUCAACCGCUUCACCGUUGUGGUGCUGGGCGGACACCGGACGCGGCCGCCGCGGCGCUCCAGCGCCGGGUGGUGGAUCGUCGGGACGUGGGCGGUGUCGGUCGUCGUCGCGGUGUGGCCGCUCCUGGGACUGGGCGGGCGCUACGGGUUCAGCCGCUGCGUCCGGCGCUGCGUGAUCUCCACGGUGACGUCUCCGGCGUACCACGUUUUUAUCCGAACCGCCCCGCCGCUGUCCUGCGCCACGAUCAUGCUGGCGGCGUACGCCGGCGUCCUGGUGAAGAUCAUCCUUGUCCGGAAUAGUCUGUCCCGGAAGGUGACCUUUACCCGGCAGUCCUCCGGGAUCACGGUGUCGGUGACGGACUCGGAGGGGAACACCACGGAGAAGGUGCACAUGGAGGUGCGCGUGCCGGCCGGACCGGCGCGCGGGACGUGUCAGCGGUGCCGGCGCAGCUGGCUGGACCACCUCCGGGGGUGUCGCGGGGUCCUGGGGAUGCAGCCGAAGGAGGUGCGCGUCACCAAGGUGGCGCUGCUGACCUGCGUGGUCUUCUGCGUCUUCUACCUGCCCAUCUCCGUGCACGGGGUGCUGGCGGCGCUGUACCGGCGCCCCGGGGCGGUUGACGCCAUCCACCAUGGUUUAAGGCUGCACUCCAGUGUAGCCGCCGGGCUGACCGUCAUGAGCUGGACCGGCUUCUCGCUAUCCCCGUGGAUCACGCUGAUCAUGGACUCGCAGCUGUUCGGCCGUCGACGCUCCUAAUCGCUCCACGGAUGACCUUUGACGGUUUCUUAAUUACGUUUCGGGACGGAACUCCGUUCAUCUGUAAUACCGU